AUGUCUGUUUCCAGGUGUGACGAGGGUCAGCGGGAGGUGGUGCUGUUUAACAAAGUGGACAUAAACCACGAUUUCCAGCUGACCAGAGCAGAGCUGGAUCAAGUCUUUCUUCUCUUCGACAACGACACUGAUGGCGAGGUGACGCCUGCUGAGUUCAAAGCGGACUGGGUGAACCAGUUUAAUAUCGGCGGUCCCCAGGAAGCCGAUACGCUCUUCAUACGUGCAGACACGAAUGACGACGGUGUCAUCGACACAAAAGACAUACCCACGAUCUUUGCGUUCUUUGAUGAAAACAAAGAUGGUGUUGUGGACAUCAACGAGUUCCUGACGGAGUGGGGCCACCUUUCGUUAACGGCCGCAAACCACGUCGACGUCUCCGUAAAUGUUGGCAAAUGACGUAAUCGAUUUGAAACGUGUUUUGAAUAGUGUUAAUUGUUCCUGAAACAAGCUUUCAUUGUUGAUAACGACAAUAAAACUAUACAACACAUAU